GGGUUCUUUUUUUGUUACUUUGUUUUUCUCCAUCUUCGUUAUCGGUUUAAUUGUUAUUUAUAACUGUGCUAUAUAUAACUGUAUCAAAGAGGUAACCCAGUGUGCCACGAAAUCUCCACUAAAUCGAAUUUAUUACGCAGGGAAUUCGAUAUUUAUACGAAACCCAACGUCCUGUCAGCGCGAACCCUCGUCCUACUUACCUACCAAACCAACAACGAUCCCUUUCAUUUUAUUGUCCCUUUGUCUCUGUUUCCUUCUUGUUUCCAGGCCAAUCCCGAGUGCCGAGCAUACGAUGGAAGUCCUUCGCUGCAGCGACAACAAUAAACAGGACAUUAUGAGUGCGGAGGUCCGGCGCACGGGAUCCUUGUCGAGCGGUCUGGACGAUAAAAGUUGCGGCGACGAUGCUAGUAAUAGUGGGAAUAUCGACAAGCUCUGGGAAUUGCAUGGAGAAUUGGACAGAUUGCGAGGUCUAAUGUCCAAUCAUAAUCUUUUCGAGCCGGAAGAAACUCAUCACUUCCGAGGUGGUUUCUCCUAUGCAGAGGAUGACACCAAACAGUUACCACGAAGUUUCCUGGUUGUUAAACUAUCACCAAAUAUUCCAGAGAACACUUUGUUAUGGCUCGUCGAUAAAAUACGUGGGGAGAGAGCAGAGGGUGGAGCGGAACUGUUGGUAAUGAAACAGCCUUAUAACAAGAAGGAGGGCGUUGUUCUCCAUAUAUCCGCGUCGAUGAUCAAGUUUCUGCUAGUGGCAGAGGAAAUGGAUAUGAUGAAGCAAGACAUUUUCAGCGAUAUGAACGAGCUGGAGAAUUUUCAAUCGAAAGACGUGCACAUCGAUGAUCUACUCACGGUCACGGAACGGCAGAACAUCGUGAAACACGAGCUGGAGAACAUACGAGCAUCGCCUAAAGACACGUCGAUCCCUGGGUAUCCAAACAUCGAACUGUACGAAGGCCAAUCGAUAAUCCAUGUAUGUCUGAAGGCGAAUAUCGUGAAACAAAUCUACCCGCUGCACGACAAGGAGUCGUUGAAGAAACUGGGGGCUAGUUGGUAUUUGUCCUUAUUGAAUAAGCAACCGUUCGAUGAGAUCCGAGAGUAUUUUGGUGAGGCCGUCUCUAUGUACUUCUCGUUCCUGGGAUACUACACAUUCGCUCUUCUGCUUCCCAUGACCUUGGGUUUCGUGCAGUUGCUGGUUUCCGCUGAGACCGUUCCUUUCUUUUGUGUUGUCAACGUUAUUUGGGCUACUGUCUUCCUCGAGCUGUGGAAACGUAAAUCGAACGAGCUGGCGUUUAAAUGGGGAACAAUUGGCAUGACCAGCCUGGAUGAACCACGGCCCAAUUUCUAUGGACAUAUGGGAAAAGAUCAUGUGACCGGUAGAUUGCAGCCGCAAUACCCCAGAUACAAGACCAACGUAAAGAUGUAUUUGGUUUCCAUUCCAAUUGUGUUUUUGUGCAUGAUUGGGGCAUUCAUAAUGAUGCUGGCCUCGUUCUGGAUCGAAGACUUGAUCAGAAACGUAGAUUCCGAAUGGACUCCGACUCUGCUCCUAGUACCGAGCGUCUUGUACACGGCCCUAGUUUACAUAGUUAAUGUAUAUUAUAGGAAAUUGGCGACGUGGCUCACCGAAUGGGAAAAUCACCGAACUCAGUCCCAGUUCGAUCGACAUCGCGUCACCAAAUUGGUCCUUUUCGAAUUCGUGAACAACUUUAUGGCCCUCUUCUACAUCGCCUUUUACAUACAGGACAUGGAAAUGCUACGGUCGCAAGUAGCAACAAUGCUCAUCAUUCUGCAAGCGAUCAAUCACGUGCAAGAAGCCAUCAUUCCAUUGAUCGUCAAACUAUCUACAACGAAGAUGGUUCAAUAUAAUCUACUCGGCAGCGAUAAGAAUAAACGCAGGGAUAGUCAUCAAAGUAUAUGUAGUAGCUACGAACCGUUGCACGAGAUAGCGGAAAUACACAAGGAUGAUUCGCGAAUCCAGGAGGCGGAAGAGGAGGGCAUGAUGGAGGAUUACGAGGGCACCUACGAUGAUUACCUCGAGAUGUUCAUACAGUUUGGAUACGUCGUCCUUUUCUCAUCCGUCUAUCCGCUGGCUGCGUUCUGGGCCGUCUUCAAUAACGUCCUGGAGAUCCGCGCGGACGCCUUCAAAUUGUGCGUGGUGUACCAACGGCCGAUGGGAAAACGGGUCAAGGAUAUCGGCGCCUGGCAGAGAUGCUUUGAAAUCCUAGGAGCACUCGCGAUAAUGACAAAUUGUGGCCUGCUGUGCCUCAGUCCGCAGAUGAAGACCUACGCUCCGGACUACUCGACCGAGAAAUGGUUCAUGCUGUUCGUAUUCCUCGAGCACCUAUUGAUAGGCAUUCGCUAUUUGAUCCACAUCGCAAUCGCCGACAAGCCGGAGUGGGUACGCAUGGAAUUGGCGAGGAAAGCUCACGAGUCCAGGAAAGCAUUGAAAUCCGAGAGGGCGAAGAAGAGCAGACGAACGAAUUUCUCGCGCCGCUUCAAAACCGUCCACGGACCUCACAGGCACUGAUACUUAUCUAAAGUGACUCUCGAUACAUGGGGACCAGACGUUAUUGUUCCUUCUUUCCUACCACUCCUGCUGCACUCUCCAUUCAGGAUCUUCUUGUAAUUUUUUCAUCCC